AUGUCCGAACCCACCGAGUCGUCCGAUCCCUUGAAGGUCUCCCGAUUUACCUAUCGACAAUUGCAAGGGUUGCUACAGGGUUCCACAGCAACCCCUCUGCGUGUGGUUGCGCAUAUCGACCUGGAUGCCUUCUAUGCGCAAUGUGAGAUGGUCCGCCUGGGGACUCCACGGGAUAUACCGUUAGCAGUGCGACAAUGGGAUUCUUUAAUUGCCAUCAAUUAUGCAGCCCGACCCUUCGGAAUCAGUCGAUUGAUCAAUGUUGCGGAGGCCAGGAAACUUUGUCCAGACCUCGUCUUACAGCAUGUCGCGACUUUUCGAGAGGGAGAGGGAGGGCGGUGGGCAUAUCGGGAUGAUUCAUUUAGAAACAUCAGCACGGACAAGGUGUCGCUAGAUCCGUACCGGGCACAAUCGCGAAAGAUCCUCCAGACGAUGAAGGAGGCGCUGGCCACAUGGAGUGCUGAUGACACGGAUGUCGAAAUCCAGAAUACAAAACAAGGUCUCUCGGCUGUGUUGGAAAAAGCUAGUAUUGAUGAAGUAUUCAUUGAUUUAUCUCCAUUGAUAUAUAGGGCGCUUCUUCAGAGGUACCCGGAACUUCGGAUUGCAACACAAGACGAGAACCGGGAUGCAGAACUGCCUAUACCGCCGACUACGGCCUUGCAGUGGGAUACCGACUGCUUGGUGGACCUGGACCAGCACGAAACGGAGGAAGACGAUCCAGACUGGGAUGACGUUGUCAUGUUGAUAGGGUCUGAAAUCGUACGAUCAGUGCGGGACACAGUUUGGGAGAAGCUCAGCUACACCUGUUCGGCUGGGCUUGGGCGCAAUAAAAUGAUCGCAAAACUAGGAAGUGCCUGCAACAAGCCCAACCUACAAACCGUUGUACGGAAUCGAGCGGUGCAGAAUUUCCUAAAUGGAUAUAAAUUUACUCAGAUCAGAAUGCUGGGUGGUAAACUCGGCGAUCACAUAACUGCCGCCUUUGGGACGGAGAAAGUCAGCGAGCUUCUUAAUGUACCGCUUGAGCAAUUACGCACUAAGCUGGCUGACCACACUGCAACCUGGCUUUACGGGAUCAUCCGCGGUGAGGACCGCAGCGAGGUGAAUCCUCGAACCCAAAUUAAAUCCAUGCUCUCCGCGAAGUCUUUCAGACCGAGCAUCAACUCUCUUGGUCAAGCUGAGAAGUGGCUUCGUAUCUUCGCAGCCGAUAUAUAUGGCCGGCUUGUGGAAGACGGCGUGCUUGAAAAUAGACGUCGUCCGAAAGUGAUUACGAUGCACUAUCGAACUGCGCAAUCUCGUUCUCGCCAAAUUCCAAUCCCAGGCUCUAGCGCAAUUGACGAGAACCUUCUCUACGAUCUGGCCAAUAAUUUGCUUCGUCAGGUUGUGGCGGAUGGACAUGCAUGGCCCUGUUCCAACCUGUCGCUGAGCGUGUCAAGCUUUGAAGACGGCGUGAGCAACAACAAGGCUAUUGAAGGCUUCUUGAUUCGCGAUGAGCCAGACAGCCUUCAAGAACCGGCCGAAAUGGAUUCCGAACUGAGCGGGAUUCCCCGGUUCGUAUGCCCACGGUGCUCGAAGUCAAUGGUUGAGUAUGAAAAGGAAGAACAUGAUGAUUGGCACUUUGCCAAGGACCUCGCAAGCCAGGACAGAGAGGAGGCGAAGGAUUCACAGCCGACACUUCCCACGAAAAGUAGUGCACGCGGGACAACUGCUCGUGGGAGAGGUGGGCGAGGUGGAGGGAGUCGGGGCAAGCCGGAAAAGGGGCAGAUGCGACUUGCUUUCCAGUGA